CGGCCCGGUGAGGCCCUGUCCGGCUCGGUACGGCUCGGCCGGGCCGGGCAGCGCUGCCCGUCGGGGCCGGUGCAGCGGGGAAGCCGCUCUCCGCUCCGCCCCUCGCCCCGCUCCGCCCCACAGCGCGGCUCUUCUCUCCGCUGCAGCCCGGGAUGGCGUCGCGGCGGGGCUGAGCGGGCCGGGCCGGACCGGGCCGGGGCCGGGAUGGACGGCCCGAGCGAGGGCUGCCCGCCCGCCGCCACCGCCGCCCCGUCGCGGGCGAAGCUGCCGCUCGGCAUCGUCUUCUCGACGGCCCUUUUCUGUGGGGAGGGGGCGGCGGCCGCCGUCCUCUGCUUCUCCUACGGCCACUCCGACGACCGCUUCUGGCUGGCGCUCACCAUCUUCUUCGUCCUCUGCCCCUCCGUCCUGGUGCAGCUCACCCUCAUCUUCGUGCACCGCGACCUCAGCCGCGACCGUCCCCUCGUCCUGCUCAUGCACUUGCUCCAGCUCGGGCCCAUCAUCAGGUGCAUGGAGGCCUUGGUGGUGUACUGCUGCUUGGGGCGGGAGGAGGAGCCCUACGUCACCAUCACCCGCAAGCGGCGGCUGCGCAAAGGCUACGAGGUGGAGAUGGAGCAGGAGGUGGGUCACUCGGUGCGUCGCUUGGCCACGCAUCGCAACGCCUUCAAGCGUGUGGCCGUCAUCCAGGCCUUCCUGGGCUCCACCCCGCAGCUCACCCUCCAGCUCUACAUCAGCGUCCUGGAGAAGUACGUCCCUGCUGCCCGAGCUGUCCUCAUGGGCAUCUGCCUGGUGUCGGUCACCUAUGGAGCUCUUGUCUGCAAUGUCCUGGCCAUCCAGGUGAAGUACGAUGACUACAAGGUGCAGCUGCGGCCCCUGGCCUUCCUGUGCAUCGUGCUGUGGCGCAGCCUGGAGAUCUCCACCCGCGUGGCCGUCCUAGUGCUCUUCAGCACUGUCUUCAAACACUGGAUCAUCCCUAUCGCCUUGGCCAACCUGCUGGUGGUCUUCUUCUUGCCCUGGGUACAGUUCUGGCGGAGUGGCACCCGCCUGCCUGACAACAUCGAGAAGAACUUCAGCCGUGUGGGCACUGUGGUGGUGCUCUGCGCCUUCACCCUGCUCUAUGCCAGCAUCAACAUGUUCUGCUGGUCAGCCGUGCAGCUCAAGCUGGCCGACCGGGACCUCAUCGACAAGUCGCAGAACUGGGGCCGCUUGGCCAUCUACUACACAGCCCGGCUGGCAGAGAACACGGCCCUCAUCAUCCUCUGGUACUUCUUCAAGACAGACGUCUACGAGAACAUCUGCACCCCGCUGCUGGUUGUGCAGCUGCUCCUUGGCUACUGCCUGGGCAUCUAUUUCAUGCUCCUCUUCUUCCAGUACCUGCAUCCCUGCCGCCAGCUCUUCCGGCACAACGUCGCCGACUUCCUGCACUGUGUCUGCUGCCGCCGGCACCCACCAGUGCCACUGCUGCACCUCGAGGCACCCCACGAGCCUGGCGUGAGGCACAGCAUAGUCUGAGGCACGGGCAGCACCCGGCUUCUCCAGCCAGCUACAGACACAGGGCUGGGCAGCAUGGAGCUGUGCUGGCAGCCAGAGGGUGCUUAUGGCAUGGGCUGUGCCAGAGACAGGCACCAGCUGGCCCUGCAGUGCCAGCGGCUCCCAGCAUGUCCCCAUGGGGGCAGGGGGACAGGAACCUGCACACCUGCCCAGGACAGUGCCCACCUGUCAGGGACAGUGCCCACGGACAUGAAGGACUCAUGGGGUGCCCAAAGCAGCUGCCACUGCAAGCUGGUGGUGCCCAGCCCCUGGGGUGCCCCAAAACCCCUCCUCACCCACCUCCGGUGACCUCAGGGCCAUGAGUGCCAGUGAGACUUUUAUACAGUAAAGAACCUUUUGCUGUG